CCAGGUGACUACUCUCAUAGUGGAUCAGUCCUUAGGACCAACAUGGGGACCACAGGACUCCAAUCCACAUUAUGGUUCAUCUACCUGAUGCUGCUGGUUGGCUCAGUCACUCAGACUGUAAGCAUCAUUCCAUCUCUAAACACACUGAGCCUGAAUUCAGCUAAUGCAUCUCACAUCGGCCGAGUGUGCACAACUUGGGGACACUAUCACUGGAAGACCUUUGAUGGAGAUUUCUACCAGCUGGCCUCCACCUGUAACCAUAUCCUGGCCUCUCAGUGUAAGCAAAGCUAUGAAAAUUUCAACAUCCAGAUGAGACGCAAGACAGUCAACAACAUCCCCACCAUCAGCAACAUUACCAUGAAGCUGGACGGUUCUGUAGUGGAGCUCUCCAGAAACUCAGUGAUUGUCAAUGGCAAGACGGUGUCUCUGCCACUUGUCAGAUUCGGGGUGACUGUCAAGGGGACCACAUCUAGUAUCAUUGUCGAAGCUAAGCUGGGAAUUAGAGCUAUCUGGAACCUGGAUGACUCACUGGAUAUUGAAAUAGAUAACAAAUACCAGAACGAGACAUGUGGACUCUGUGGAAACUUUGACGGCAUAUCCAAUGAUUUCAUGAAGGACGGAGCUCUGCUGUCUGUGACAGACUAUGCUGAUACCUACAAGAUGAACGGGCCGACAGAGAGCUGUGAGGAGCCUGAGCUCAACUCGGUCCUGAGCUGUGGCGAAAAGCAAUUCUGUGACCAGAUAUUUUCCAGUGCUCCAUUCAGCAGUUGCCAAAAUCUUCUAGAUGUGGAAUCAUUCAGUAAAGCCUGUAUGUCUGAUAUGUGCAACUCUAAAGACAACACUGACUCCGUCCUCUGCAAAACUGUCUCAGAGUUCUCCAGAGAGUGUGUCCAUGCAGGUGGCAAGCCCCAACAAUGGAGGAAUGCAACUUUUUGCUACAAGAAAUGUCCAUACAACAUGGAGUUCUUGGAGAGUAGCAGUUCAUGUCCUGACAGCUGCUCCACACCUCAGGCCAGCCAGACAUGUGAAAGCCACAGUCAUGAUGGCUGCAGCUGCCCUGCCGGAACGGUCUUUGAUGACAUCAGUAACACUGGCUGUGUUGCAGUGGAUCAGUGUCCAUGUAUGCACAACAACAAAGUCUACAAAUCAGGAGAGUCCUACUCUUACAACUGUAGAUCCUGUGUGUGUGAGACUGGUCGGUGGAAGUGUACAGAGGAGAACUGUCCAGGAACCUGCUCUGUGGAGGGAGGAGCUCACAUCAACUCCUUCGAUGGAAAAGUCUACACCUUCCAUGGAGACUGCUCCUACGUUCUGGCUAAGCAAAGUAAUGGCUCCAUAUACACUGUGUUGGUGGACCUGGUCAAGUGUGGCCUGGCUAACAGUAGGACCUGCCUCAGAGCUGUAACUCUGGCCUUAUACAGCAAUUCUGUGGUUGUUAAAAUUCAGGCAUCUGGGCAGGUCUAUGUGAACCAGAUUCUUUCUCAGCUUCCACUGUUUACACCGGAGCUCAGUGCUUUCAGGCCAUCAUCCUUCUACAUCCUCAUAAACAUCAAGGUGGGAAUAAAAGUGAUGGUCCAACUGUCCCCCAUGAUGCAGGUCUUCAUCUCAGCUGACACUUCACUCAAAGGAACCACUUCUGGUCUGUGUGGAAACUUCAACGACAUAAUGAGUGAUGACUUCAGGGUGAUUAGUGGUCUGGUGGAGGGCACCGCUGCAGCGUUUGCCAACACAUGGAAAACCAGAGCCAGCUGCCCCGACAUCACAACACGCUUUGGACACCCCUGUAGCCAGGGCAUCAGCAAGGAGAGUUAUGCCCAGUACUGGUGCUCCAAACUAGCAGAUCCCAAGGGAGUGUUUGCUCCUUGCCACUCUGUCAUUAGCCCCAGCACAUACAAAGAUAACUGCAUGUAUGACAGCUGUAACUGUGAGAAAAGUGAGGACUGCAUGUGUGCUGCAGUUUCCUCGUAUGUCUACGCCUGUUCAGCGGCAGGAAUACAGAUCAGUGGCUGGAGGGCGACCAUCUGUGGCAAAUUCAGUACAUCGUGUCCAGCACAAACAGUGUAUGACUACAACAUGACCUCCUGCGGUCGUACCUGCCAUUCCCUCAGCCAGGCUGACUACUCCUGCCAGGUCAGCUUCACCACAGUGGACGGUUGUGGCUGUGCUGAGGGAACCUACAUGAACGAAGAGGAACAGUGUGUGUCCAAUGCAAGCUGUCCCUGUUAUGAUAAAGACACCAUUAUUCCACCUGGAGAGGUUGUCAGCAAAGACGGCACCACAUGUGUCUGCAGACAAGGUGCUCUCAGCUGCUCAGGAGGAACACAACAACAAUCCUCACCAUCAUGCGUAGCCCCCAUGGUUUACUUUGACUGCUCCACUGUUCAACCUGGGACCACUGGAACUGAGUGUCAGAAGAGCUGCAGCACUCUGGACAUGGCUUGUAUCAGUACAGGUUGUACAUCAGGCUGCAUGUGCCCUGAUGGCCUGGUGUCAGAUGGAGCAGGAGGCUGCAUCAACGAGACCAGCUGUCCAUGUCUGCACAAUGGACAGGUCUACCAGCCUGGACAGACACUGACUGUGGACUGCAACACCUGCUACUGUAGUGAAAGGAUGUUCACAUGUACCACCAAUGUGUGUGAUGCAGUUUGCGGGAUCUAUGGCGACGGUCACUAUGUCACGUUUGAUGAUAAGAGGUUUGACUUCAGUGGACAGUGUGAAUACACACUCCUACAGGACUACUGUGGCACUGGUCAGAGCAAUGGAAGCUUCAGAAUUAUCACUGAGAAUGUUCCAUGUGGAACCACAGGAACCACCUGCUCCAAGACCAUCAAGAUCUUCCUGGGGGAUAAUGAAUUCCAACUUAAAGAUGAGAACUUCCAGGUGGUAAAGGGCAGCAGCCAGGUGUUCCCUGCUCAGGUACACAAGAUGGGUAGUUACCUGGUGGUGAUGAUCAAGCCGGGACUUGUGCUCAUGUGGGACCAGAAGACCAGUCUUUUCAUUAAACUCAGCCCGCAGUUCCAGGGUCAAGUCUGUGGUCUGUGUGGAAACUACGACAGCAACAGUUAUAAUGACUUCACCACACGCUCCCAGGAGACAGUGGCAGAUGUUCUAGAAUUUGGUAACAGUUGGAAGGUUUCAUCCAGCUGCCCAAACGCCCAACUAAUCACUGAUCCUUGUACCUCCAACCGCUAUCGGGCAGCCUGGUCCCAGAAACAGUGCAGCAUCAUCAUCAGUGUAACCUUCCAGAGCUGUCAUUCACAGGUUGACCCUGGUCCAUACUUUGAUUCUUGCGUGAGAGACUCUUGUGCUUGUGACACCGGUGGGGACUGUGAGUGUCUCUGCACUGCUGUGGCUGCCUAUGCCAAAGCUUGUAAUGAAGCUGGGGCCUGUGUUAAAUGGAGAACUCCAAAGCUGUGCCCUAUUUUCUGUGACUACUAUAACUCCCCUGGUGGCUGUGAGUGGCACUACAAGCCUUGUGGAGCUGACUGCAUGAAGACAUGCAGGAAUCCAUCAGGAAACUGUUCCAACCUCAUCACUGCCCUAGAAGGCUGCUAUCCACAGUGUCCUCCAAUACAGCCCUACUUUGAUGAAGACACCAUGAAGUGUGUCUCCUGGGACCAAUGUGGCUGCUAUGAUGACAAAGGCACACAUUACAACAUCGAAGAUAAGGUUCCAUCGAACAACUGUUACACUUGCUCCUGUAUAGACUCUGAAAUAAAGUGCAGCUACAAUGUGAACUCUUGUACAUGCUACAUUAAUGGAAAAAACUACGAAUAUGGGGAAACCAUCUACGACACCACAGAUGGGCUUGGGAACUGCAUCACAGCGAAGUGUGGGGCCAAUGGAACAGUGACAAGGAACAUGUACACAUGCUUAACGACCACCACCCCUGGACCUACAACAACACCCUUUACAUUCAGCACAGUUGGAAUAACAACUUUAGAAACAACCACAUCAGAAGCACCAACAGUAACGGUUGAGACAACAAAACCUCCUAAAGUCACCACUGGCCCAGUUACAAUCUCUACCACAGCGGUUGUUGAAACUACGACCUCAGUUCCAGGUGUCACAACAACAAGCCAAGAAACAACCGCUGUAACAUCAACACCUUUUGUUGGUACCACAACUACUGAAGUACCGUCAACAACAACUGAGGGAACCACAGCCAAACCUAUAGAAACAACCACAUCAGAAGCACCAACAGUAACGGUUGAGACAACAAAACCUCCUAAAGUCACCACUGGCCCAGUUACAAUCUCUACCACAGCGGUUGUUGAAACUACGACCUCAGUUCCAGGUGUCACAACAACAAGCCAAGAAACAACCGCUGUAACAUCAACACCUUUUGUUGGCACCACAACUACUGAAGUACCGUCAACAACAACUGAGGGAACCACAGCCAAACCUAUAGAAACAACCACAUCAGAAGCACCAACAGUAACGGUUGAGACAACAAAAUCUCCUAAAAUCACCACUGGCCCAGUUACAAUCUCUACCACAGCGGUUGUUGAAACUACGACCUCAGUUCCAGGUGUCACAACAACAAGCCAAGAAACAACCGCUGUAACAUCAACACCUUUUGUUGGUACCACAACUACUGAAGUACCGUCAACAACAACUGAGGGAACCACAGCCAAACCUAUAGAAACAACCACAUCAGAAGCACCAACAGUAACGGUUGAGACAACAAAACCUCCUAAAAUCACCACUGGUCCAGUUACAAUCUCUACCACAGCGGUUGUUGAAACUACGACCUCAGUUCCAGGUGUCACAACAACCAGCCAAGAAACAACCGCUGUAACAUCAACACCUUUUGUUGGUACCACAACUACUGAAGUACCGUCAACAACAACUGAGGGAACCACAGCCAAACCUAUAGAAACAACCACAUCAGAAGCACCAACAGUAACGGUUGAGACAACAAAACCUCCUAAAAUCACCACUGGUCCAGUUACAAUCUCUACCACAGCGGUUGUUGAAACUACGACCUCAGUUCCAGGUGUCACAACAACAAGCCAAGAAACAACCGCUGUAACAUCAACACCUUUUGUUGGUACCACAACUACUGAAGUACCGUCAACAACAACUGAGGGAACCACAGCCAAACCUAUAGAAACAACCACAUCAGAAGCACCAACAGUAACGGUUGAGACAACAAAACCUCCUAAAGUCACCACUGGCCCAGUUACAAUUUCUACCACAGCGGUUGUUGAAACUACGACCUCAGUUCCAGGUGUCACAACAACCAGCCAAGAAACAACCGCUGUAACAUCAACACCUUUUGUUGGUACCACAACUACUGAAGUACCGUCAACAACAACUGAGGGAACCACAGCCAAACCUAUAGAAACAACCACAUCAGAAGCACCAACAGUAACGGUUGAGACAACAAAACCUCCUAAAGUCACCACUGGCCCAGUUACACUCUCUACCACAGCUGUUAUUGAAACUACGACCUCAGUUCCAGGUGUCACAACAACAAGCCAAGAAACAACCGCUGUAACAUCAACACCUUUUGUUGGUACCACAACUACUGAAGUACCGUCAACAACAACUGAGGGAACCACAGCCAAACCUAUAGAAACAACCACAUCAGAAGCACCAACAGUAACGGUUGAGACAACAAAACCUCCUAAAGUCACCACUGGCCCAGUUACAAUAUCUACCACAGCGGUUGUUGAAACUACGACCUCAGUUCCAGGUGUCACAACAACCAGCCAAGAAACAACCGCUGUAACAUCAACACCUUUUGUUGGUACCACAACUACUGAAGUACCGUCAACAACAACUGAGGGAACCACAGCCAAACCUAUAGAAACAACCACAUCAGAAGCACCAACAGUAACGGUUGAGACAACAAAACCACCUAAAGUCACCACUGGCCCAGUUACAAUCUCUACCACAGCGGUUGUUGAAACUACGACCUCAGUUCCAGUUACAAUCUCUACCACAGCGGUUGUUGAAACUACGACCUCAGUUCCAGGUGUCACAACAACAAGCCAAGAAACAACCGCUGUAACAUCAACACCUUUUGUUGGUACCACAACUACUGAAGUACCGUCAACAACAACUGAGGGAACCACAGCCAAACCUAUAGAAACAACCACAUCAGAAGCACCAACAGUAACGGUUGAGACAACAAAACCUCCUAAAGUCACCACUGGCCCAGUUACAAUCUCUACCACAGCGGUUGUUGAAACUACGACCUCAGUUCCAGGUGUCACAACAACCAACCAAGAAACAACCGCUGUAACAUCAACACCUUUUGUUGGUACCACAACUACUGAAGUACCGUCAACAACAACUGAGGGAACCACAGCCAAACCUAUAGAAACAACCACAUCAGAAGCACCAACAGUAACGGUUGAGACAACAAAACCUCCUAAAUUCACCACUGGCCCAGUUACAAUCUCUACCACAGCGGUUGUUGAAACUUCGACCUCAGUUCCAGGUGUCACAACAACAAGCCAAGAAACAACCGCUGUAACAUCAACACCUUUUGUUGGUACCACAACUACUGAAGUACCGUCAACAACAACUGAGGGAACCACAGCCAAACCUAUAGAAACAACCACAUCAGAAGCACCAACAGUAACGGUUGAGACAACAAAACCUCCUAAAGUCACCACUGGCCCAGUUACAAUCUCUACCACAGCGGUUGUUGAAACUACGACCUCAGUUCCAGGUGUCACAACAACCAGCCAAGUAACAACCGCUGUAACAUCAACACCUUUUGUUGGUACCACAACUACUGAAGUACCGUCAACAACAACUGAGGGAACCACAGCCAAACCUAUAGAAACAACCACAUCAGAAGCACCAACAGUAACGGUUGAGACAACAAAACCACCUAAAGUCACCACUGGCCCAGUUACAAUCUCUACCACAGCGGUUGUUGAAACUACGACCUCAGUUCCAGGUGUCACAACAACAAGCCAAGAAACAACCGCUGUAACAUCAACACCUUUUGUUGGUACCACAACUACUGAAGUACCGUCAACAACAACUGAGGGAACCACAGCCAAACCUAUAGAAACAACCACAUCAGAAGCACCAACAGUAACGGUUGAGACAACAAAACCUCCUAAAGUCACCACUGGCCCAGUUACAAUCUCUACCACAGCGGUUGUUGAAACUACGACCUCAGUUCCAGGUGUCACAACAACAAGCCAAGAAACAACCGCUGUAACGUCAACACCUUUUGUUGGUACCACAACUACUGAAGUACCGUCAACAACAACUGAGGGAACCACAGCCAAACCUAUAGAAACAACCACAUCAGAAGCACCAACAGUAACGGUUGAGACAACAAAACCUCCUAAAGUCACCACUGGCCCAGUUACAAUCUCUACCACAGCGGUUGUUGAAACUACGACCUCAGUUCCAGGUGUCACAACAACAAGCCAAGAAACAACCGCUGUAACGUCAACACCUUUUGUUGGUACCACAACUACUGAAGUACCGUCAACAACAACUGAGGGAACCACAGCCAAACCUAUAGAAACAACCACAUCAGAAGCACCAACAGUAACGGUUGAGACAACAAAACCUCCUAAAGUCACCACUGGCCCAGUUACAAUCUCUACCACAGCGGUUGUUGAAACUACGACCUCAGUUCCAGGUGUCACAACAACAAGCCAAGAAACAACCGCUGUAACGUCAACACCUUUUGUUGGUACCACAACUACUGAAGUACCGUCAACAACAACUAAGGGAACCACAGCCAAACCUAUAGAAACAACCACAUCAGAAGCACCAACAGUAACGGUUGAGACUACAAAACCUCCUAAAGUCACCACUGGCCCAGUUACAAUCUCUACCACAGCGGUUGUUGAAACUACGACCUCAGUUCCAGGUGUCACAACAACAAGCCAAGAAACAACCGCUGUAACAUCAACACCUUUUGUUGGUACCACAACUACUGAAGUACCGUCAACAACAACUGAGGGAACCACAGCCAAACCUAUAGAAACAACCACAUCAGAAGCACCAACAGUAACGGUUGAGACAACAAAACCUCCUAAAGUCACCACUGGCCCAGUUACAAUCUCUACCACAGCGGUUGUUGAAACUACGACCUCAGUUCCAGGUGUCACAACAACCAGCCAAGAAACAACCGCUGUAACAUCAACACCUUUUGUUGGUACCACAACUACUGAAGUACCGUCAACAACAACUGAGGGAACCACAGCCAAACCUAUAGAAACAACCACAUCAGAAGCACCAACAGUAACGGUUGAGACAACAAAACCACCUAAAGUCACCACUGGCCCAGUUACAAUCUCUACCACAGCGGUUGUUGAAACUACGACCUCAGUUCCAGGUGUCACAACAACAAGCCAAGAAACAACCGCUGUAACAUCAACACCUUUUGUUGGUACCACAACUACUGAAGUACCGUCAACAACAACUGAGGGAACCACAGCCAAACCUAUAGAAACAACCACAUCAGAAGCACCAACAGUAACGGUUGAGACAACAAAACCUCCUAAAAUCAUCACUGGUCCAGUUACAAUCUCUACCACAGCGGUUGUUGAAACUACGACCUCAGUUCCAGGUGUCACAACAACCAGCCAAGAAACAACCGCUGUAACAUCAACACCUUUUGUUGGUACCACAACUACUGAAGUACCGUCAACAACAACUGAGGGAACCACAGCCAAACCUAUAGAAACAACCACAUCAGAAGCACCAACAGUAACGGUUGAGACAAUAAAACCUCCUAAAGUCACCACUGGCCCAGUUACAAUCUCUACCACAGCGGUUGUUGAAACUACGACCUCAGUUCCAGGUGUCACAACAACAAGCCAAGAAACAACCACUGUAACAUCAACACCUUUUGUUGGUACCACAACUACUGAAGUACCGUCAACAACAACUGAGGGAACCACAGCCAAACCUAUAGAAACAACCACAUCAGAAGCACCAACAGUAACGGUUGAGACAACAAAACCUCCUAAAGUCACCACUGGCCCAGUUACAAUCUCUACCACAGCGGUUGUUGAAACUACGACCUCAGUUCCAGGUGUCACAACAACCAGCCAAGAAACAACCGCUGUAACAUCAACACCUUUUGUUGGUACCACAACUACUGAAGUACCGUCAACAACAACUGAGGGAACCACAGCCAAACCUAUAGAAACAACCACAUCAGAAGCACCAACAGUAACGGUUGAGACAACAAAACCUCCUAAAUUCACCACUGGCCCAGUUACAAUCUCUACCACAGCGGUUGUUGAAACUACGACCUCAGUUCCAGGUGUCACAACAACAAGCCAAGAAACAACCGCUGUAACAUCAACACCUUUUGUUGGUACCACAACUACUGAAGUACCGUCAACAACAACUGAGGGAACCACAGCCAAACCUAUAGAAACAACCACAUCAGAAGCACCAACAGUAACGGUUGAGACAACAAAACCUCCUAAAGUCACCACUGGCCCAGUUACAAUCUCUACCACAGCGGUUGUUGAAACUACGACCUCAGUUCCAGGUGUCACAACAACCAGCCAAGAAACAACCGCUGUAACAUCAACACCUUUUGUUGGUACCACAACUACUGAAGUACCGUCAACAACAACUGAGGGAACCACAGCCAAACCUAUAGAAACAACCACAUCAGAAGCACCAACAGUAACGGUUGAGACAACAAAACCUCCUAAAUUCACCACUGGCCCAGUUACAAUCUCUACCACAGCGGUUGUUGAAACUACGACCUCAGUUCCAGGUGUCACAACAACAAGCCAAGAAACAACCGCUGUAACAUCAACACCUUUUGUUGGUACCACAACUACUGAAGUACCGUCAACAACAACUGAGGGAACCACAGCCAAACCUAUAGAAACAACCACAUCAGAAGCACCAACAGUAACGGUUGAGACAACAAAACCUCCUAAAGUCACCACUGGCCCAGUUACAAUCUCUACCACAGCGGUUGUUGAAACUACGACCUCAGUUCCAGGUGUCACAACAACAAGCCAAGAAACAACCGCUGUAACAUCAACACCUUUUGUUGGUACCACAACUACUGAAGUGCCGUCAACAACAACUGAGGGAACCACAGCCAAACCUAUAGAAACAACCACAUCAGAAGCACCAACAGUAACGGUUGAGACAACAAAACCUCCUAAAAUCACCACUGGCCCAGUUACAAUCUCUACCACAGCGGUUGUUGAAACUACGACCUCAGUUCCAGGUGUCACAACAACAAGCCAAGAAACAACCGCUGUAACAUCAACACCUUUUGUUGGUACCACAACUACUGAAGUACCGUCAACAACAACUGAGGGAACCACAGCCAAACCUAUAGAAACAACCACAUCAGAAGCACCAACAGUAACGGUUGAGACAACAAAACCUCCUAAAGUCACCACUGGCCCAGUUACAAUCUCUACCACAGCGGUUGUUGAAACUACGACCUCAGUUCCAGGUGUCACAACAACCAGCCAAGAAACAACCGCUGUAACAUCAACACCUUUUGUUGGUACCACAACUACUGAAGUACCGUCAACAACAACUGAGGGAACCACAGCCAAACCUAUAGAAACAACCACAUCAGAAGCACCAACAGUAACGGUUGAGACAACAAAACCUCCUAAAGUCACCACUGGCCCAGUUACAAUCUCUACCACAGCGGUUGUUGAAACUACGACCUCAGUUCCAGGUGUCACAACAACAAGCCAAGAAACAACCGCUGUAACAUCAACACCUUUUGUUGGUACCACAACUACUGAAGUACCGUCAACAACAACUGAGGGAACCACAGCCAAACCUAUAGAAACAACCACAUCAGAAGCACCAACAGUAACGGUUGAGACAACAAAACCUCCUAAAGUCACCACUGGCCCAGUUACAAUCUCUACCACAGCGGUUGUUGAAACUACGACCUCAGUUCCAGGUGUCACAACAACAAGCCAAGAAACAACCGCUGUAACAUCAACACCUUUUGUUGGUACCACAACUACUGAAGUACCGUCAACAACAACUGAGGGAACCACAGCCAAACCUAUAGAAAUAACCACAUCAGAAGCACCAACAGUAACGGUUGAGACAACAAAACCUCCUAAAGUCACCACUGGCCCAGUUACAAUCUCUACCACAGCGGUUGUUGAAACUACGACCUCAGUUCCAGGUGUCACAACAACAAGCCAAGAAACAACCGCUGUAACAUCAACACCUUUUGUUGGUACCACAACUACUGAAGUACCGUCAACAACAACUGAGGGAACCACAGCCAAACCUAUAGAAACAACCACAUCAGAAGCACCAACAGUAACGGUUGAGACAACAAAACCUCCUAAAGUCACCACUGGCCCAGUUACAAUCUCUACCACAGCGGUUGUUGAAACUACGACCUCAGUUCCAGGUGUCACAACAACAAGCCAAGAAACAACCGCUGUAACAUCAACACCUUUUGUUGGUACCACAACUACUGAAGUACCGUCAACAACAACUGAGGGAACCACAGCCAAACCUAUAGAAACAACCACAUCAGAAGCACCAGUAACAGUAACGGUUGAGACAACAAAGAAACAAGAAACAACAGCUGGUGAAAUCACAGGAAAGCCACAAACAACAACUGUAAUUACAAAACCUUCUGUUUUGAACACAACAACUAUUGUGGCUUCAACUUUAAUGACAGGAACAACAGGCAAAAGAACAACUUCUAUUAGCCCGAUAACACAGACACUUCCAGGCAGCACAACUUAUUACACAACAGGUGCAACUACUAUCGGACCAUCCAGAACCACAGUUGUUUCUACAUUCUCACUGUUUACCACAACUACAACAUGUGUCUGCAAUGUCAAUGGAACUUCUUAUCGUCCUGGAAACUUGUUGUACAAUGUCACUGAUGGCUUAGGAUGGUGUUACGUUGCAUAUUGCAAUGCAUCUUGUAAAGUUGAGAUACAAUCCAGUCCAUGUCCCACAACACCAAUACCCAGCACAACCGCACGUUCUACCCCUGCAGUGUUCAGCACCACUGCAAAGGCGACAAUUUCAAGCUCAGUAACACCCACCACAACUAUUCCUCCCUCUACUUCCACUCCAUCAACUACGCUGGACUGCUACGAUGUGUAUCCACCAAGAAAGAAUGGAGAGUCCUGGAAGAUUAGCAACUGCACUACAGCUACCUGCACCAAUGGCAAGGUCACAGAGACACCUACUCCCUGUCCCACAGUACAACAACCCAUCUGUGCCAAUGGACGUAAAGUUUCCACGGUCUAUGAUGAUAACGGAUGCUGCUUCCACUAUGAAUGUGAAUGUGUGUGCAGUGUCUGGGGUGGAUCCCACUACAUGACAUUUGAUGGAAAGUCAUACAGUUUCAACAAGAACUGCUCUUACUACCUGGUCAAAGAGAUUAUUACUAAAUAUAGCCUGACUAUUAUAGUAAAUAACAGUGACUGCGAUCCUUCAGACAGCACAUUCUGUCCCCAGGCUCUCAUUGUUACAUACAAAUCCUACAAGGUAGUUUUGACUCAGUUGCAGACUUCAGGAACAGCAGCUAAUGUGGUGUAUGUGAAUCUGAAACGUAUCUAUCCUGCCUACAGCAAUUCCGUCCUGCGCCUCACUAGCACAGAUUUGGUGAUCACAUUGGAGAUACCGGAGAUCAACACAAAAAUAGCCUAUAGAGGCUCUUCAUUCAGCAUUGAUCUUCCUUAUUUACUCUUUGGUGGGAACACUGAAGGACAGUGUGGAACCUGUGACAACUCCAAGACCAACGACUGCCGUUCUCCAAACGGCCAGUUGGAAAGCUGCUCAGACUCUGCAGGCCAGUGGCAUGUCCCAGGCACACCCUGUGUCACCCCCACAACCCCACCAACUACUACAACAACAACACCCGGGACCACUUCAAAACCACCAUACUCGACAACACCCCCUGUUUGCAAACCUGCCAUCUGUGAUCUCCUAAUCAGCAGUGUAUUUGCGCCAUGCCACACAGUCAUAUCCCCAGGACCAUAUGUGACAUCCUGUGCAUUUGAUAUUUGCAACGGUGACAAUAACACCUGCUCCAGCCUGGAGGCCUAUGCCACUGAGUGCUCUAAUGCAGGAGUCUGUAUUGACUGGAGGAAUGCUACCAAUGGGCAGUGUGAGCACAAGUGUCCAAGUAACAAAGUGUAUAUGGCCUGUGGCCCCACAGUAGAGCCUACAUGCAAUGACAGAUACAACAAGAAGUUCCAGGCAGAUAGGGAGGCAUCCACCAACUACACUAAGGAGGGUUGCUUCUGUCCUCAUGGCACCAUCUUAUUUAACACAGUCUAUGACACGUGUGUUUCCUCUUGUGAUUGUGUUGGACCUGAUGGAAAACCCAAACAGGCUGGUGACACAUGGACAAGUGACUGCAAUACCUGUCUGUGUGACAAGGAUUCCAUGAGUAUCCAGUGUCAGCCUGUUCAGUGCCCAUCAGUACAGAGCCCCAACUGCAGUGAGCCUGGCCAGCAGCUGGUCAACAAGGCAGACAGCUGCUGCACAACACAGUCAUGUGAAUGCAAUGUAAACCUGUGUCCCGCUCCUAUCACCUGCCCGCCGGGCUUCCAACUACACGUCACCAACAGCACCUGCUGCCAAUCCUACGAGUGUGUUCCUAAAGGUGUAUGUGUCUAUGACAUGACUGAGUACAAGCCUGGUGCCAAGAUACCAACACCAGAAACACCAUCAGAACCACCAUUGGAUGCACCAUCAGGACCAGGACAACCAUCAGUAACAACAACAACACCAUCAGGACCAAGACAGCCAUCAGGAACAACAAAGGCACCAUCAGGACCAGGACAACCAUCAGGAACAACAAAGGCACCAUCAGGACCAGGACAACCAUCAGUAACAACAACAACACCAUCAGGACCAAGACAGCCAUCAGGAACAACAAAGGCACCAUCAGGACCAGGACAACCAUCAGGAACAACAAAGGCACCAUCAGGAGCUGGACAGCCAUCAGGAACAACAAAGGCACCAUCAGGAGCUGGACAGCCAUCAAGAACAACAAAGGCACCAACAGGAGCGGGACAACUAUCAGGAACAACAAAGGCACCAUCAGGAGCGGGACAGCCAUCAGGAACAACAAAGGCACCAUCAGGAGCUGGACAGCCAUCAGGAACAACAAAGGCACCAUCAGGAGCUGGACAGCCAUCAAGAACAACAAAGGCACCAACAGGAGCGGGACAACUAUCAGGAACAACAAAGGCACCAUCAGGAGCGGGACAGCCAUCAGGAACAACAAAGGCACCAUCAGGAGCUGGACAGCCAUCAGGAACAACAAAGGCACCAUCAGGAGCGGGAGAAGCAGAGUCUUUUAAACCUGGGCCCUGCCAGGAGUGUUACUGUGGACCCAAAAUGGAUUCCAUCACCAAGCUGAACAUCAUUACCUGCAAACCUAUUGUCUGCAACACAAAAUGCUCCAAGGGUUAUGAAUAUCAGACUGUACCUGACAAGUGCUGCGGGAAAUGUGUUCAAAAGAGCUGUAUUUUCACCACACCUGAUAACACAACGCAAAUCAUUGAGGUCAACAACACAUUGGUACCCCCUAAUGACAACUGUGUGCAGUAUACCUGUGAAAAGAUCAAAGGACAGCUUGUUACCAAGGAGACCAAGAUCACUUGUCCUCCCUUUAAUCCCUUGGACUGUGAACCUGGCACUGAGACAACUGAUGCUAGUGGAUGCUGCAGAACCUGCAAGCUGCGGAGCAUCUGUGAGGUCCACAGUAAGCAGACAGUCAUCGAGGUGAGCGGCUGUAGGAGCACGCAGCCGGUUAACAUGACGUCCUGUGCCGGACACUGUGGAAGCUCGUCCAUGUAUUCUGUAGCAGCUAACAUGAUGAUGCACCACUGUGAGUGUUGCCAAGAGGCCACCACCAGUCAGAAGCAGAUGGAGCUGAUCUGCGCAGACGGCUCCAAGAUCCAGCACAGCUACACCAUAGUGGAGAUGUGCCGCUGCAGCAAAGCAGAGUGUGUGGCGGGGACAACAUCCAAACCACAGCGCCGCAGGAGACGCUGAUCGAUUACUUACUGCUUUACACUGAACUUAAACCUUACAAACACAAUGCAAGACUUAACUUUAGACCUUCUUAUUCUUAUCAGGUUUUAUUAUUUAUAGCCCAACAUGUGCUCUUUUUCAGUGUCACAACAUACUAGCAUGAUGUAAACUUUCUUCAAUUGAGGAUUUCUUGGAUAAUAAUUAAAAUUAUAUUUCUGCAAUAUGAA